AUGUGCUGCCCCACAGACGCUUUAACUGAGCCUCGUGUCUUUUAUCGUUUUUUUUUUGCGAUCUUUUCAUCUCCUAUUGAGUUAUUUCCUGAUCUGGAUUCUGUUUCCCUUUUGUAUUGUGUGGACAUUUCCCCCCUUUUUUGA